AUGGACGGAAGUCUGCUCCUGAAACAAGUGGGAGUGGAAGACCAGGGCCUGUACGAGUGCGGAGUGGAGAACGAGACUGCGUACGUCGACAGAGUCAAUCUCACAGUCAGAACGGAACCGCCCCCUUUGGUAAACGUGACGGUCCACGCGUCCACCAUCCUGGCCCUGAUUCUGUGGAACGUGGCGGGCGACGGGGGCCACCCGAUCGUCGACUUCACCGCCCAGUACCGCGCCGCAACGCCGGUCAACGGCACGCUGGAGCCGUGGCGGCCCAUCAGCCCCAACCACAUCAGCCCCAACUCGCGCCAGAUCGACGUGUACCAUUUGGAGCCGAACGCCUCUUAUUGGUUCCGCGUGUGGGCCAACAACGUACUCGGGCCCGGCCCACCGGUGGAGGUGCUCGCCACCACGCUCUACAGCGACCAGGAGGCAGAGCUGUACAAGCACUUCCUGGAGGGCGCGGAAACGUUCGACACUCGCACCUGGCUGGCGGCCGUGUGCGUGGUGAUGGGGACGCUAGCGGUGCUCGCGGCCGGCACCUGCGCCGUUCUCUGCCGCGAGUGGAGGCGAUCCGAGUACGGCGGCGAAGAGCAGGACGUGAUCGAGCUAGUGCCUAACAUUAUACUGAACCCGGGAUUCGUCGAGAGCGAAUCCCGGCCCCGGGAGAGCGCCGCGUCCAUCAUCAAGUCGCCGGAGUGCCCCGGGCCCGGGAAGCCGAGGCGUGUC